AUGAGUAAAUAUGCAUUCACAAAGUCAGAAACUGUCAUUUUGUCAGUUUCAGGUGGACUGUUGCGUUUUUGGACCAAACCCAUGGAUACUAGCACUGUAAUUGGUUUGUUUGUUCCUCCUGUAGAGCAGCCGCCAUGGUUACUCCUCUCAACUCAUCUCUUCAUUUCGAUUCGCUUUCCUCCUUCACCGGUUCAUAUUGAUUUCGUUACUCUGUCAUCAAUCCCUUCUUAUCAGCUUAGAUUCGAUGGAGAAAGUGUAUAUAUAGAGGCCACCAUCAUGCAGGCGACCAUUAAUGCUAGCCAUGUGGAAGCUUUCCGACCAAAACUCGCCGCCGGUAAUAUGUACUCCCUCUCCGGUUUUGAUGUCGGCCACGUGGUCCAAAUUUUCGGUUAACUGAUUCUCCAUAUAUAGAUACAAAUGCAGAGUAGUUGAGAACAAUGAAGGUUUACGUUGAGCUACAUACGAAUGAGUUCUAGACAAUUGAACAAUAACUAUGAGGAUAGAGUAGUUGAGAACAAUAAAGGCCUGCAUGAUGCUUUGUUGGGAAGGCGUGCAAAGCAGCUUCACGCUUCUUCCUCAAAUUGUUUCUUUGAAGUAUUUGUAAAUGGAGGGAUGAAACUUACGGUUAAGGACUCUGACAUGACUGCAUAGCUUUUCAUGAAGCGUCAGCUCAAAUUUGAUGGCAUCAAGGCAAAAGGAAAACAAGAGACCCCGAAAAGCAGAGUUAAGUUUCUCAUCUCUUGCAUUCUUCUUCUAUAUGCAUCAUAAACUAUAUUUACAUGAUAAGAAUGUCAGGAAUAGUGGUGAACGACAUGAAUUGGGUACUUGACAAAUGAGUUAUAAUGCUUUUGGAUGAAUUGCAGUGAUUUGAUUUUUGACUAUGGUAUAUCUUUGGAUUCCUUUUAUGUUUUUUUGUAGAGCCUUUGAUUAUGAUACAUUUGGAUUAGAGACAUUCAUGUCUAGCAGAACACAUUUAGAGUUAGACAGAAAAAAUGUUUUCCGCUGGUUAGAUUAUUAAUAUAUUGGUAACUCUUUCUGAGGAGGUCAUUUGAAGGUUCAGUGUCCCUUUCCAGUUCUCCCAGCUGCGUUAUUAUUUUUCUUGGCUGAAAUGCGAGGACUCAAUGUGACAGGUUAGUAAUAGUAAAGCUCGAAGGUUAUUCUUUUGCUCACAUAAGAAUGGGAAGAAGCAUAGACAUUUAUAAUUAGGAAGAGAAAUAAAAUUAUGGGAGUUGAAGAUGAAGAUAACCACGGUACUGACAACAACAACAACGUUGACAAAUAUACAUUGCCCUAUGUAUGCUUCAUAUGCAGAGAGCCUUUCAUGGAUCCAAUUGUCACCAAAUAGAAAUCUUAUUUAUGUGAGAUUUGUUAUGUCUGUAUGUUAUAGUUAAGAGGAACAUGUGCCCAACCUUUCAUCAUGUAUAUAUAUUAAGAUAAAAACCACAUGUUUCUUCUAUUUUUCAAGACUCAGAUAAAGAAUACACAAAACUAAUUAACUUUUUUU